GUCGGUGUGGGCAAAACGAAAGGGACCGCUGCUCUGCUCUGCCUCCCUCCCCUUCCUCCUCCAUUCCUUCCUCGUGGUCAGGCUCAGGCACGCCGAGCAUCCGCACCGCACCUGCUCGCCCGAUCACCCCGGCGGUUUCUUCUCCCCUUCGCCCCCCCGUGCGGGCGCUAUCCUUCUCGUGGCGACGUCUGGGUGACCGCUGCCGCGGCCCUACUCCUGGUGCCGUGCCUAGGUAUUCGCCGGCGACGAGCACCACAGCUUAGGCUACCUCUGCGGGGAUCUUCUGUCAAGCAAGGGAAGUUACCUAGCACACAACGCAAAGCUCAAUAGAUUAUUGAGGAUCAACAUUUCAGCCAUCUGUAUUUUAGUUAAUGUAUAUGAUGGCCAAUGGUAACAUCUGGUUAGAAAGAUAGAAACUCAUUAUUGCGCUACAGAUGGUUGGCCAUAAUGACUAUGGUAGUGCCCUUUUGACAUAAGAACUAAGCUGGAAAUUGAUAGAUCCAAGUUAUUAAUGGAGCACGCUUCCUGUGAUGAUGUACAUGAGCAUGUUAUAAGUGUAGCACAUGGGGAAACCGCAUCAACAUCAACCAGUCAUCAAGAUAUGUACAGUGACUCGGAUGAACCGCAUCAGGAGGAUAGGCAAUCAACAAGCACACAAACCCCAUCAUCAGAGUCUUCACCGUCAAUAUCACCAAUUGCAUAUAGCUCCAGAAAUUUAUCUUUUCCUAGAAGAGAUAGUAUAUAUGGUCAUGGAAGAAGUCCUUGGAAUUCUGGUCUAUGGAUCUCGUUUGAAGUUGUCAUGUACAUUGCUCAGGUUGUAGCUGCUAUUGUCAUCCUCGUCUUUUCAAGACAUGAACAUCCCCAUGCUCCUUUGUUCGCAUGGAUAAUUGGAUAUACAGUUGGCUGCAUUGCUAGUCUUCCUCUUAUUUAUUGGCGGUAUGUUCAUCGAAAUAGACAUUUGGACCAAGAACCUCAGCAACCACCUACAACAUAUCCUACUUUGACUCCCUCUCAGUCAUCAGAAGGACGCAACCAUCGUACCAGUGGUAUAGUCUUGCGUCUUGGAUGUAUAGCAAUUUCUUGCCCAAGGCUUAGUGUACUGGCUUAUCACUUCAAGACAGCUGUUGACUGUUUCUUUGCUGUGUGGUUUGUUGUUGGCAAUGUGUGGAUUUUUGGUGGGCGCAGUAUUUCAUCAGAUGCUCAGGACGCCCCCAAUAUGUACAGGUUAUGUUUGGCAUUCCUUGCGCUUAGUUGUGUUGGAUAUGCCAUUCCCUUUAUCAUGUGUGCAGCAAUAUGCUGCUGCUUUCCAUGCUUGAUUUCUGUUUUGCGCCUUCAAGAAGAUUUGGGUCAAAAUAGAGGAGCUACUCAAGAGCUAAUAGAUGCAUUGCCAACCUACAAAUUCAAACCAAAACGUAACAAAAACUGGGGGAUUGACCAUGCUUCAAGCUCAGAGCAUCUUGAUGAGGGCGGCAUCCUCGGCCCAGGAACUAAGAAGGAAAGAGUUGUUUCAGCUGAAGAUGCUGUGUGCUGCAUCUGUCUAACAAAGUAUGGAGAUGAUGAUGAGCUCCGUGAGCUUCCUUGCACACAUUUCUUUCAUGUUCAAUGCGUAGAUAAAUGGCUCAAGAUAAACGCAGUGUGCCCACUCUGCAAAACAGAGAUUGGGGGUGUGGUUCGAUCUUUCUUCGGUUUGCCAUUUGGCCGCCGCCGUGUCGAUAGGAUCGCUGGAAGAGGUGUAGCUAGCUCAAGAUUCAAUGUAUAGAACAAUGUUGCUUUUCUGUGAGAUCCUCUCUUACGCAUAAAGAGCCCUGCUCAUGUUGUUGCAAUGGUUUGAUUGACUAUCAAGAAAAGCACUGUGUGCUUGACUUCAAGACAAUGACACCUAGUGAGGAACCUGAUGCUCCUAGGCGCAAGUUUCUGCAGAAAUGUGAAGGACCUAAGGUGCUGGCGUGCUGCUAUACUCUGAUGUAACAUUUUUCCAAGGAUGUAAAUGAGGAAGAUGAAGUUCACUUGCCAGGUAUAUUGCAAGCAACUUCACAGGUCUUCUAGUAUCGGCCUUGGUGUUCUUUACUGCCAGUUCUGUGAUUCUCUUUAUCACGGCAGUGCACUGCAGGCUUGGUAAAAUGUGAAAUAAAGGGCAAUGGCCUAUUUUUCGAACCCAAUGCCUCGAAGUCAAUACCCUACCAUGUAUAUAUUUUGUUGCUUUUGAGAUCCUAUUACGUUUUGGGUGAGAGUAAACCCAUAACGUUUCUGACAUGCACGAUUUAUUGUGGCAAGUUUUCAUCAGAAAUUCAGAAAAUACAUUGAAGUCUA